AUGCCCUCGCCCUCAAAUACAGACCAUGGUCAACCAUGGUCUGCGCCUCUUAGACGAGUACGUCGCUGGUUCGCUGCCGGAACAGACGGAACAAGUCGUCAACAUCGCAAAUUAUACCUUCUCAACUUUUGGUUUUGCGUCUUUGUUCUAUUUUUGACAAGACUUGGAUCUGAACUUCUCGCAUACCCUUGGCCCAACCUCUUGGUGACUGCCAUCUGUCGACAUUAUUACCAAAACGAAGAUGGUCAUCAUGGAGAUCCUUCGCAUGAGUACUGUGGCGAUGAGAGGGUGAUGAGUCACUGGGUAUCUAUGAUUAGACUGAUACAGUUCCUCUCACCACUUGCUGCUACUGUGGCACUGAUUCCCCUGGGAAUGCUUUUGGACAAGGGAAAGGGACGUCUUGCUUUUGCAAUCAGCAUCCUAAGUACCGUUCUUUACUGGGGAUCUAUAGCCCUCUUUGGGUUUGUGCAAGUAUUUCCUCUCUGGUGCUUUUAUAUCUCUCCAAUAUUUCUACUACUAGGCGGUGGGCCAUGGUCAAUCAACGCUCUUGUCUUUGCCACUCUAAGCAACGCGGUCAGACCAGGACAAAGAACCACCGCUUUCUCUUUCCUACAAGGUCUUUCGGGUAUUCCUGGUCUUGCAGGCCCACUUCUAUAUGCCGCAUCCAUGAGUCCUGACCUCUGGGUUCCGUUUGCGCUUGCUCUUAUUAUCUACUCUUUAACUCUCUUACCAGCACUACAUCUCAAGAACAAUAACAAUCAACAUUGUGAGAACAGCGAAACACAAGACGAAGCGGUACCAGACGAGACUCAGCCUUUGCUUAACACUGGUGAUAAUGCCGCUCAUGGAGCCAUUCAUCUCAACCAGGGCGGCGGAAGAGGGUUAAGUCAAAAGCUCCACAUCUUCACAAUAUGCUUUGCCUGCUUUUUUGGUUUCUAUCUUGCCAAGGGAGCUGUCGUUUAUACCACAAUUUGGGUCUGGUCAAGAUUUGGACAUGAUAUGGCUUACAUGAAUGUAUUCAUUUACAUAGAAGCCGUUGUGCUGACCACACUAUUUUUAAUCGCCCUACCCUUGACCAUCUACAGGCUGGACAGAAAUUGGAGAGUCGCCAAGAGAGACGCUAUCUUGUCUUGUACCAGUAUCGCUUGCUGUGCUAUCGGUACUUUCAUCGUCUUGUUUUCACCGAACCUUGCAGCCGCCAUCAUUGGAUUUAUCAUUUCGAUUUUAGGAUACGUCAUGCCUGUCUCUUUGCGGUCGUUCCUUGCUUCACAAUUAGAGAAGGACUUUUCUGGACGACUAUUCGCCGGCAUUGCCAUAAUGGAGACGAUCGGUGGUCUCGUCGGACAGCCCCUUAUGACAGUCACCUACUACACUGAGAGUGUACCUUUUGUCAUAUCGCUGGUGACGUAUUUGAUCAUGCUUUUCUUGCUUAUCGGGCUAGCAAUCAGACUUUGA